UCCUUCCUCAGCUAAAACCAGAAACUCCAAAUACCUCACUCCACAGUUGAACAACAACACCAACACCAACUUCUGGAAUGAACAUUUUCAAAUCCCCACUGGACCAUGAUUUGAACUGUGGUGGAAUAUUCCACGACUCAGCAGAAGCAUCUUAUUCGUCUGAAACAAGGAGCACCCCCUCAGACGAAGAAGUGAUUCUAGCGUCAGCGCGGCCAAAGAAGCGAGCGGGAAGAAGAGUCUUCAAGGAGACAAGGCACCCCGUCUACCGAGGAGUGCGUCGCAGGAACAAGAACAAGUGGGUCUGCGAGAUGCGAGUCCCCAACAACAACUCACGGAUUUGGCUCGGGACAUACCCAACGCCCGAAAUGGCCGCACGUGCGCACGACGUUGCGGCGCUCGCGCUCAGGGGAAAGUCCGCGUGCCUCAACUUCGCGGACUCCAGGUGGCGGCUGACGGUGCCGGCGACCACCAACGCGGAGGAGAUACGGCGAGCGGCGGGGGAGGCUGCUGAGGCAUUUGCAGUUGCAGAUGGGGACGACGUUAAUAUUGACCAACAGCAGAGUGUGAUGGCCACGAAUGAUGAUGAAGUUCAAGAGCCUCUCCAGCAGGAGGAGGUUCAAGACUUGCAUGAUUUGCUUUUGAGUAUUGCGAAUGAGCCUUUGAUGUCUCCUCCACCCUGUGCAAGAGAUGGUAGGGACUGGAAUGACGUGGACAUAUUUGAUGAUGAUGAAAUCUCACUGUGGAACUUCUCAAUUUGACGCGUACGUCAUUAAGAGUAUGACUGUAUGCAUGUUUGAUGAUAAGCGAAAACACCUUUUUGUGUGUAUGCGAUUUUCUAUAUUUUUAGGGACCUGUUGUGUGUAGAUAAAUUAAGUAGCACUCGAUUGAUUAAGUUGAGUGGAGUUAAACAUAUUGUAGUUGUAUGUAUGAUUUGUUUCGUGAUUAAAUUUUAAUGACAAGUACAGUUGGCAAAUUCAA